ACAUCAUCACAAUUCAACAAACUGAAACUGACAAACAACAGCUUGUACAAUGACUCGCAAAUUUACAAAUAAACAAUACAGAAGUAACAGUCUUGCGAGAAAGUCGCGCUUUUCAAAAAUAUUUUCAAAAGCGCUCAAAACCAAAAAUAGUGUAAAUUAAAUUUAAAUUCAGAAAAAAUAAAAACACACAAAUUCUCUCACGGCACAAUAAAAAAAUAGUAACACAAAAUAGAAAGAAAGAAAUGUAAAGAAAACAAGUGAAAUAAAUAAAUAAAUAUUAUUGAAAAUGAUACUACAAGCAUCGCUUAUUGGCGGUUGGGAGAAACUCGAACUUUGGGGUCAUACUCACUUGGCUUUACUGGGGCUGCUUGUUAUGGUUUGCAUCUUGGAGGUGAUUCUGUUAAAAAUGACCACAUCGGCUGGCUUAUUUACCAGUCCUCAUCAUUAUGAUCCUGAUUAUGAUGAUUCGGGUGAAUAUGAAGAAGACAUCUACUACGAAGAUUUACCAACCAACUAUGAUCAAUGGGCCAGGCGACAAAUGCGUUAUCGUCAUCAACAACAGGAACAGGAACGUCAAAUCAUACAGCAACAACAAAGUCUAUACUAUAAUUACGAUGAUGCCACUGAACAAAAUAAUCAUCAUUUAUUAAACAAUUAUCACUCAAACUCCACGGAAGUAUUUCGCUUUGUCUACUAACUGACUCAUAUGUUGAUUGAUUCUCACACUUCAUAAGUUUAACUAUAAACUACAGUCGUGUAAACUUAAGAUUAAACAACCAAAUACUUACGCACGUAUUAAUCGAAACAUAUUCGUGAAUUGAGUGAUAUUUACACACGUGCACAACGCAGAUUUAGUGUAAAAGCAGCACUGUAAACAAAAAAUUCUGUAAAAUUACAUUUCAAUAUUCUGGACUCAUAUUAUGUGCAUUAAUUAAUUACAUUUGCUAACGGUUAUUUAUUGCUUGGAUACGUACUACAAUUUUAACUGACUAUAGCAGAAUAAAAAAAAACUUUAUAAUUUUGUAAUAUUAUCUAAUCGGUGUAAACAAUUGACAAUCAUUAAAAUGCAAAAUGCGUUUAGCUGAAAUGAAAACCUUUCACAACAUUCAUGUUGUCACCUAAACUAUGAAAAGCCGUAACUAAAAUACAAACUAUGUAUAUAAAAUAAUUUAGCACCUCCAGUAAAUAUUUAUAAAUGUUUGUCAUAAGCUUAGGCUACUUUUGGCAAAUAUUUGACCAGAAGCGUCACCAUUAAAUAAAUUAUAAUUUAAAUCCUUUUGAGCAAACAUUGUUUUGUAAACUACACAGUUUUAAAGGGUGUUUUUUUAAGCCCGAUGGAACUUGAAAUUUAAAAAAUAACACAAAAAAAGUAAAUUUUAAUAAAAAAAUGUUUUUAUUCCAACAUUUAAAAAAUAAUUUCGGCAUAUGGCCGGCCGACUUCCAAUUGUUGAAGAAAUAAAGUCCGAUUAUGCCACCUGCGUGUAAACUGCAUUUUUCUGGAUGUAAUGAAGUCUGUAGGGUCUGUUGUGGACUGGUCUCACACCAUAUGCGACAAUUUUGCGAUAAAACUGUCGUCUAUAAGUUGCGCAAAUCGAUGACUGAUUUUCAAAGUAAAUUUGGAUAAUUUGAUAGCGUUGUUCAAGCGUCAAUCUGUUCAUGAUGAUUUGCCAUAAUGAUUUGAUAAUAAAUGUCAAAAAGUGAGCGCAGUAUGACAGUUAACACUUUCGUAAGUUCCAUCGGGCUUAAAAAAAAACACCCUUAAUAGUGGUCACGCUUAUUUGUUCAACUAUUUGCAUAAUACUAAUAACAAUAAUAAAAGUAUGCUUACAUAGAUAAUGAGAUAAUUUUAGCAAAACAAAUCUCCAUAAAUACUCCUACUCUAAAUGUCUACCUACAUUUAUUAUUUAAAACAAUUUCCGUACGAAAUAUUUGAAAUCAUGAGUGAAUACAUACUUAUCAUUCAAAUUUAACUACACGUACAUAGAUACUUCAUCUUAUAUGUCAAGGCACUUUCUGACUGAUAUUCAUACCUUAUUAUACAUAUAUUUUAAUUAGCUAUACACAUAUUUGUUUAGAAUAUAUUUUGUAAAAUUUAUUAUUAUGUAUUUUAAUAUUAAUAUUAAUUUUAAUGUCUGUAAAUUGUUAUAGAAAUCUUAAGUAUAUAAGCACUAGUAAAUACAAAACAAUUUUAGAUCUAAAUUCAUAAUUAAGAUGAAACCUACACACAAAACAAAAAUCUAAAUAAUUGAAAAUGUGAUAUUUUUUUGUACUCAUUAAAUCAAAAUGUUUACAUAUUUAAAAGAUACAAGUAUUUAAGAGAAAUAAUAAAAAAAUUAAAAUCUAAAUCAAAAUAAACUUACAUACAUAAAAAACAACAA